AGCAUAUGCAAGCCUUUUUUAAGCACAAAUAGUAUUUACCGUAUUUUGUUAUACUGGCCCAUCUGGCAUUUCUGUAGGACGUUGGUCCUUCUAAGAUACAGGGAAUAGCCAGUCUCACAUAUUAUACCCUCACCACCUAUUGAAUACGCCUAAGGAAUCGUUCAUUCUAGUCCAUUGGAAUCGGCGUUGAGCUGUUAAGUGCUUGUAACUCGCAAAGCCAAGCACAUUACUCCCUCACCGGUGCUAUCGAGAAGGGUGACGGCAGCUUAAAAGAAAUCUGGACCUUGAUUGCAACCUAAUCGUACGCGGGCGGUGACGCCCGCGCGGCCAACAGGUCGCCAUGUCAGAGUCAGAAUCGGCGCAGAUGCUGCCGCAGCAGCCCCAGGACCUAGGGGAUGACCAGCUGGACCCACAUGUGGAGUACUUGCAACAACUGCUGCGAGACAAUGAGUUCCUGCAGCGCGAGAACCUGCUGUUCGAGGCGUUCCUGGCCAAGGUCGACCUCACCAAACUGGGUUCCCUAGCUGAGGAAGAAGCCGCCAAGAAGAAGAAGGCAGCCAAGAAGGGCGGUGCGGCGCCCGCAGCAGGGGCGGCAGGUGGGCCCGGAGCGGGAGGCAGGGGCGACGCCACGGGGGGUGGCGCCGGCGGCAGGGGCGGCCCCGGUGCUGCUGGCAGGGGGGGAGGUGGUGGUGAGGCUUCGUUUGCGAGCCUGACGGAUGAGGAGAAGAACGACCUGGUCAGCCAGGAGGUGGAGAUGGUGCAGGCGGAGAUUGAGGCGAUCAAGAAGGCGGGCGACAAGGACAUCGACGACAUCCGCACGCUGAUGGAGGAGGUGGACAUGCGCAUCGCGGAGACCAAGAAGGACACCUACGAGUUCAAGCGAGACAUCAUCAUCGGAGCGGAGAACCCGAGGACGGGCAAGAUAGUGGCGGAGAAGAUGAUUCGCUUCAUCGAGGACAAGCUGCGUCAGAAGGACGCCACCGCCGACAAGCUGCGGCUCAAGAACACCACCACCAAGGCGCUCAUCACCAAGCUGGAGCACCAGCUGGCGCACAAGGAGGAGAUGGGAGAGGUUCUUCACCUGGUUGACUUUGACCAGCUCAAGAUCGAGAACCAGCAGUACAUGGAGCGCAUUGAGGAGCGCAACAACGAGCUGCUCAAACUCAAGCUGUCCACCAGCAGGACGGUGCAGGUCCUCAACAACCUCAAGUCGCAGCUGAGUGACAUGGUGGCUGCCGGGCACCAGCUGCGGCGGCAGAUCGGCGAGCGCAAGGGCGACCUGGCGCGGUUCGACGCGGAGUACUCCUCCGUGCUGGACGAGAAGGGGCGCGGGGAGCGCACCGUGAGGCGACUCAAGCUGGAGCAGGAGGACAUCGACACCCCCACCAUCAUGGACUACAUCCGGCUCAAGCACGAGGUGAGCGAGCUGGAGAAGCAGCUCACCGACUGGCGCCGCAAGAUCGACAUCCUGACCAUGGAGAAGACACGUAAGCGCACGCUGCUCAAGAGCGUGGCGUCGAACAGCAACAACCAACAACAGCAGCAACAACAGCAGA